AUGGUUUCUCAAGACCAAAGUAAGUACUCUGGCUCCAAAAAAAAUGGAGGUAAGGAGCUUGGAAUGGUAACUCCUCAAGACAAGCCCUUGAAGAAGAUGAAGUUUGUUUCAUCUGCUGAGAAAGAACCAAGCAGCACGACAACAAUUUCUGAGGAUUCAAAGUCAGGUCGAGGUAUGAGCACAAUGCCUCGUGUUGUGAAGAGAAAAUUGCAGAAAAUCAAGCCAGUUGUUGAGUACAAUAAAAGGGGGAAAGGAUGUGGCCCUGCACAUACUGAGAUGCAGUCCUACAUUGGUGUGUUGGCACGCUCCAGAGUCCCACUUGUGGACAAGAAAUGGGCUGACAUCCCCAAUGAUAUAAAGGAGCAGAUUUGGGAAGCCGUUGACAUGGCUUUUGUGGUAGGUCAAGGGGGCAAGACCUCGGUGUUAUCUUCUGCUGCCAAGAAAUGGAAGGAUUUCAAGUCUACACUGACGAGGCAUUAUAUCCUUCCAUACAUCAAUGAGAGGGAGAAAUUAAGCCAACCCCCUGCAGUAUAUAAAUUCAUAGAGAAAGCAGAAUGGGAUGCCUUUGUAGCUUCAAGGUUAUCCAAAGACUUUGAGUCUGUGCAUUCUCAACAUGCACAGAUUAGGGAGAAACUUGAGUACAAUCAUCGAUUGUCUCGAAAAGGAUAUGCUGGUUUGGAGGAUCAAUUGGAGGAAACCAUGCCUGGGGUAGAAAUUGAUCGAUCUACCUUAUGGAAGAAAGCUAGACAGGACAAACAUGGUAACAUCCCGGAUCCAAAGGUGGCAGAGAAAGCAAAAUUAAUUGAUGAAUUGCAAAAACAAGUGGCUGAAGGCAGUCUGAGUAUAACUGGCAGUAAUGAUGUGUUGACCAUGGCUUUGGGUCCCGAGCAUCCAGGGAGAGUAAGAGGGGUAGGUGCUGGGAUUUCCCCUAGGCAAUUCUUCAAUUUACCUAGACCACAAAGGGUGAAGUUUGCUGAUCAAUUGAAGGAAAGUGUAAGAAUUGUCCUUCAAGAAGAGACUAAGAAGAUGGAAGCUAGAACCAAACAAUUAGUAGAGGCUGAGAGGGAACAUUUACUAAGUCAGCUUUCCCACCUCAUCCCCAAUUUUGAUCCAAGCAUGCUUAAACCGAAAACAAGUCCCAUGAAUCCAAUGUCUGAUAAAGCAAGCUGUUCUGGGGCUGACGUGAGAUCCCUACAUUUAGAGGAUGAUACUGCCAGAAAUGGGGAACAGCAGAACAAACGGGAAGAAGGAAGAAAAAAAGAGAAUAAAGAUGAAGGCAAAGAGGAAGACACAAAUGUUGAAGAGAAGAAAGAAGAAAAACAAGAUGAAGAAAAGCAUGACGAGGAGGGUGAUGAAGUACUCGAUUAUUCAAAUGUGGAGGUGCCAUCUUCCUUACAAUCCCUUUGUGGUUAUGUGGAAACUACACUAAAGCCACAGGGGAAGAUCAUGACUUCAACAUUGAGAAGGAGCAUGGUUGGCUUUAUCGACCCUGCUCAAGUUAGUGCCAACGCUGGGUCACUAACUGACAGAUCACGAAUUGUAGCCAGUCGACUUCAGAAAACAGAUGGUGAACAGAUUUUCAUGAUGCCUUACAAUCCAGGCCGUCAUUGGGUCUUGCUGAUUGUGAGGGCAAAGAGGGAAACCGUCUAUUUUCUGGAUCCUCUGCCUGGAAAUCGUGUGGUGGAUGAGGAGGGCAAAAACAUCGUGAACAGUGCUUUAAAAAUUUAUAAUUCCCACAUAGGCAGACCAGGCCGUAAAGCACCAAUUUGGAAAACUCUGCCAGGCACACCAAAGCAACCCAGCAGUGUCGAAUGCGGGUAUUAUGUCAUGCGCUUCAUGAGGGACAUCAUCAUGGAUCCUUCCUUGGAGUUUGAGAAGAAGUUUGCCAAGGGAAAAGAUCAAGCGCCAUACCCCCAAGCAGCCAUUGAUGAAGUCAGGAAAGAAUGGGCAGAGUUUGUUUGCCUUCAUAUGGAUUAG